GGCCAAGAUGGCCGUUCUCAGCUUCUCUUUGGUGUAUUUAUUAUUGAAUUGUACGAAUGAGAUUGCUAAAAAUUGCUGACUUCGUAGCGUGAAAAAUCAAAUUAGAAUAAAAUAGGUAAUAGGAAAGAGAAAAUUAAUUUGCCGUAUACUAACUCCCUCUCAGCAAAUAUUGUGGCCAAAGUAUGAAACAAGGAGUAAUUGUACUGUAUUAAUUUGUGCGAUUGUUUAUAACCUAAUAUAAAAAUCGGCAAACUUUCCGGCCAAAAAAUAAAUUAUUUCGAUAUUUGCCGAUAGUUUGUUGAUAAGUGAAGUUUUUCAAAAGCAAUUUGGAUAAGUGAAUUAUUAUUCAAACAUGAACGUCUUACGUUCGUGCGUUAAAACUAUCAUCCUAAAUAAAGGAGUACGAUCUGUAAAUCACGAAGGACAAAGAUACAUUAAAAGAUGGGUAGCACCGACGCAAAGAGCAAUAACCAAACGCAAAAGGGCAUUAGGUGAGCAGCCAGAGCCGAAACGCAGUACCUUUCUCGAAUGGAACAGAUCUGCAGAGGUUUAUGCUUUUAAUGAACGACUUUCUGAAAGUUUCAAUAUGGAAAAAUUGGAGCAAGCCUUUACUAAUAGAUCCUACAUUAUUCAAGAGGAACAGAGGCAGAAAGAAAUAGGAAUAGAAAAUCCUAUACUUGCUAUACAAGAUAAUACUGAAUUAGUUAGAAAAGGCGAGAAGCUUACAUCAGAAAUUGUACAGACUUAUUUAGUCCAAGUUUUACCACAAGCAUCUGAGGAUGUCAUAAUUUCGUUGCACGACUAUCUUCUUUCUGAAGAAAUUCUAGCUAAAGCGGCUUUUCAUAUUGGGACAAAAGAUAUUAUUUUAACAGAAGAACAUCCAGUAGCUCAAAAGACUUUAGCUGAUACGUUUUUCGCACUUGUCGCGGCGCUCGCGGAAAGUGUAGACGCAAAUCAUACGGCGAAUUUUGUUAGAGACUUCCUGAUUGUUAUAUUGGCUGAAAAGGAUCUAACAGAAAUAUGGAAUCCAGAUAAUCCAGUUGAACUUUUAAAUAAUAUUCUACAGAAACAAAACAGAUCAUCCGCUGAACCAAGGCUUAUCGCACAAGUGGGGGAAAAUACACUAGAAGUAGUAUAUCAUAUAGCAUUAUAUUGUGAUAAAGAAUUUCUAGGUUCAGGAUUUGGUCAAACAAUCCAGGAGGCCAAGGACACGGCUGCCAUAAAUGUUUUAAGUAGAAUAUUUGGUUUAUUAGACUCCAGUAAACCAAUCAAGUUCAAUAAAACAAUACAUCUGUCUUCGUGAAC